AUGGAGGAUCCCUUACCUCGCCAUUACACCCCAUUGGUGAUCGGGGAGUACAAUGGGAGUGUUGACCUGGACGAUCACUUGGCCAAGUUCGACAACGCGGUCAUACUGCACCAAUACAUCGAUGGGGUGAAGUGCAGGGUCUUCUUGAUAACCCUAUCGGGGCCUGCUCAGCGAUGGUUCACCAGGUUGCCGAUCGGGUCCAUCCGUAGCUUCAAGGAUUUCUGGGCUGCCUUCCUGCACCAUUUUACGAGCAGCCGCCGACAUCAGAAGACAAGCGUCAACUUGUUCUCGCUGAAGCAAGGUCCUCGAGAAACGCUCAGGACCUAUAUCCAGCGCUUUAACCAGGUAGCGAUGGAUAUACCAGCAAUCUCCCCGGAUGUACUAGUGAACGGUUUCACCCAGGGACUCGUAGAAGGCGAAUUCUUUUGGUCACUCAUCUGCAGGCCACUACGAGAUUUUGCCCAUCUGCAGAAGAAGGCCACAGAAUAUAUCAACGUAGAGGAGGCACAGGCGGCCCGCAGAAAAGAAGCACCAGCCGAGCCCCACGCGCCAUCCGAACGAAGGGUACCCGACAACCACCAACCCCCACGUGGACUCCGGGCCACGGGAGCACAACAGUAUCCCGAGCCAAGGACGCAUGCAGUGCAUGUGGAGGCCAAUCUGCAGAAGAAGAGCAAAAAAUGGACCUUAAUGUUCUGUAAAUUCCACCAGUCAAGAAUGCACAACACCUGGGAGUGUCGUGGUGAUCCUAAUGUGCACCGACCAAAGUUGAGGGAAUACCGACACCGGUCACCCACCCCAGAGCAACAUCCCGAACGUAGAACCGAGUAA